AAGAAAGAAAAUGAAAAUGCGUGGAAAUUUUCCGGAAGAAAGAGUCUCUGUGGGGAUGACGAAACUCAUUCCCAUGGCCAUGGCUACAACCUCACCUUCUCUUUUUUCACCUUCACGCUGCUAUAAAAUCAGGUUAUUUCCCUUUUACUCUCAGCACAAAGAGAAUCAAUCAAAUGUCUGAUACUGCAAUUACGCUCCACAAGUUCGAUGCUUUUCUGAGCUUUAGAGGAAUCGACACUCGCCGCAACUUCAUCAGUUUCCUCUACAAAGAACUGACUCGAAGGAACAUCCGAACUUUCAAAGACGAUAACGAGUUGGAGCGUGGCCGGAGGAUUUCGCCUGAGCUCAUACGCGCCAUCGAGGAGUCCAAGUUCGCCGUCGUUGUGGUCUCUGAGAACUACGCUGCGUCUCCUUGGUGCCUCCAAGAGCUCGUGAAGAUCAUGGAUUUCGAGAACAAGGGUUCCAUCACUGUGAUGCCCAUCUUCUACGGCGUGGAUCCGUGCCAUGUGAGGAGGCAGAUUGGACUAGUCGAUGAACAGUUUAAGAAGCAUGAGGCUAGAGAAGAUCAUGAGAAAGUGCUUUCAUGGAGGCAAGCGUUGACCAAUUUGGCGAGUAUCUCCGGCGAUUGUUCAUGGAAAUGGGAAGAUGACUCGAAGAUGGUCGAUGCAAUUGCUGACAAGAUAUCAAAAAAGUUGAUGAUUGAUACAACAAGAAGCAAUGGGAGUGACCUUGAGGGGAUUGAUGCACACAUGAAAGCUCUUCACCGGCUAUUGGAUUUGAAUUCUAAGAAAACUGUGAGAGUCAUUGGGAUUUGGGCAAGAGGAGGCAAAGGUAGAUCAGCUCUUGCUAAAUUCGUUUAUCAGAACAUCUGUCAACACUUUGAAAGCCAUUGUUUCCUUGAAAGUGUGAAAAGGAUUUCUCAGGAUUGCCACAUGUCCCAAUGCCAUGAAGAGUUUAUAUUACGGAAUCAAGGAGAACGCUUGAGAAAUUUAAGGCUCAAGAACCAAAAAGUUCUGCUUGUCGCUGACGAUGUCAAUAAGCUUGAACAGUUAGAUGCUCUUGCAGAGGACUUCAACUGUUUUAGUCCGGGGAGUGUUGUUAUCAUCACUACACAAGACAGACAGGUGCUUAUCUCUGCUGGAAUAAAGCUUGUUUAUGAAGUAGAGCUUUUGAGAUUCCAGAAAGUCCGUGGGCUCAUCAGACAAUUAGCCUUCAAAGAAAGAAACAUUUCUGCUGCGUUCGAGUUGGCUUUGUAUAGGGCAAGUAAUGUUGCAAUGGAGUGGUUAGGUUGUCUACGUGGUAACUCUGGUUAGGGUAUAGUGUUAGGAUCAGAUAAUAAAGCAAGAGCCCUUUUUUAUAUACAUUAAGUUAAGAUUGACUAAACUUAGUAUGAUGUGAUUGUGGCUUAGAAGUAGGAAUGUUUUUGCUAUUUUUGGAGUGGAUUGCUGGUGUAUUAUAGAAGAAUAUUAUUCUUUGAUUGAAUUAAAUGGUAGACGAGUUCUUUUUCAAGUUU